UAUUGGGUGGAAUUAAGUUUGGGUUUGAGCAGAAAAUGAAAGUGAAAGUGAAAUUGAAAUGAGACUUGGAUUCCUCUUCUUGCCUUCCACCCUUUCUUCUUCUUCUUCUUCUUCUUCGUCAGUAGUAGUUGGAUCCUCCAUUUCUCGGUCCAUCGUACGACCUGCACCCUCGCUCCUGCUCCAUCGUCCUUUUCACUUCAUCCCAAAUCGUACAACCAGUAACAGCAACGGAUUCCAAUUUCCAGCACGUACAACCCUCGCUGCAUCAGCUUCUUCCAUGGCUUCCUCUUUCAAGACCGAACAAGCUAGGGUUCCUCCUGCUCUCCAAUUGCCCUCUCCCUCCAUUACUAAGUUUAAGAUUGGGUUAUGUCAGUUAGCGGUGACAGCAGAUAAGGAAAGGAAUAUUGUUCAUGCGCGAGCAGCAAUUGAGGAAGCUGCUGAGAAGGGGGCUAAGCUUGUUGUUUUGCCUGAAAUAUGGAAUAGUCCAUAUUCAAAUGAUAGCUUCCCAAUUUAUGCUGAAGACAUUGAUGCUGGUCCUGAUGCGUCUUCCUCAACUGCCAUGCUCUCUGAAGUAGCUCGACUUUUGAAGAUUACAAUAGUGGGAGGCUCUAUACCUGAACGCUGUGGGGACAAGUUGUAUAAUACUUGCUGUGUCUUUGAUGCUGAUGGAAAGUUGAAAGCUAAGCACAGAAAGAUACAUCUUUUUGACAUUGAUAUUCCUGGUAAAAUAACCUUUAAGGAAUCACAGACGCUUACAGCAGGAGAGACUCCAACUGUUGUGGAUACAGAGGUUGGCCGAAUUGGUAUAGGGAUCUGCUAUGACAUCCGCUUUCAGGAAUUGGCCAUGCUAUAUGCAGCAAGAGGGGCUCACCUGAUCUGCUAUCCUGGGGCGUUCAACAUGACUACUGGACCACUGCACUGGGAGUUACUGCAAAGGGCAAGGGCAGUUGAUAAUCAGCUAUAUGUUGCAACAUGUGCACCUGCUCGAGACGCUGGUGGUGGAUAUGUGGCUUGGGGCCAUUCCACACUAAUUGGACCAUUUGGAGAAGUGCUGGCUACAACUGAACAUGACGAGGCAAUAGUCAUCUCGGAGAUUGACUAUUCACAAAUUGAGCUGAGGAGGACAAACCUUCCAUUAGAGAAGCAAAGACGAGGUGAUCUUUACCAGUUGGUAGAUGUACAGAGGUCGAGUUCUCAGUAACGCUACUUAUAUGAAAUAAGGAGUCUAAUGUUAGUACAGAGGCGGAAUUCCCAGAACUGAAAGUCCAUUCAACAGAAAUUGGGAUCAGAUCUUGAAAAUAAGAGGAUUGUCCAUUCUUCAGUAGUGGUUGAUGUUCAGCAUUCUAAUCAAUCAUCCUUAAUCUUAUCUCCAAGUUUUGGUUUGCAAAUUGCAACAUAAUCUUGUGCUGAAGGUGGAUUUAAUGCCUAAACGAGAAUGAAACUAUGUUCAAUAAGGGAAUACUGCUGCCUGCAACUGUUUAUCUAUCACACUGGUGAUUGUUCUGUUUUUGGUCUUCUAUCAACAUCAAUCUCCCUAAAAAAAGCCACAGGCCGAGUUGUUUUAUAAACAGGAAGUUAAGAUGAAAAGGAAACUUGUUCCUGAACUUGGAACAGUUAAUAAUCUCCAGGAAACAUGUGCUAUUCAGGAGAUGUAACAAUAGUAUUGUACUACGGACAUCAGUGACCCUACUUGCUGGAACAUUUCAUCUUGCACACUCUAUUGAGCUAUCACAGCUUUAGAAACUUCAACUUUGACCAUAUGGAGUGUGAUUUGUUCAUUUAUUUGGGGUUGAUGUCUUCUCCAAGUGGAUUAGUUCUAAAAAUAUCCAUGAAACAGCUGUCAUUUUCGACAUUAGUUUGAAAUUAUGAAGCAGAUCCUUUUAAAUGGGGGUGGACGUCACAUACUUGCACACACUUCUCCUUUAGGCAUCAUAUAUACUGAUUGCACUCUCUAUCAAGAUGUUUUCAUGCUCUUUGUCUAGAGGUGUUUUUGGAUUUUUUUCCCCUCCACUUUAGGCCUGUCGGCCCAAGUUAACUAUGAGCCCCAACUGUGAUACACAAAAUAUGUUGAUUAAAUAUGUAAUAUGUAUAUUUGUACUUAAUAAAGAAUUACCGGUUAUUAGUU